AAGAGGAAAGAGGUGUUAUAGCAGAUGAAGGAAGCUACAGGCUGGAGUUGCUUCAGAGAGAACGCAGAGAAACACAGACAUGGAGGAGGACAUCCGAAAACAGGGCUUGCUGUAUCUGCAGCAGCAGAGGUUUGGGAAGAAAUGGAAGAAGGUCUGGUCUAUCCUCUUCCGAGAGAGCACAUGCUCCAUCUCACGGCUGGAGUUUUUCGAUGGUGGGAGCAACACGCUGGAGAAAUCCAAAGGCAAGCAGGAGAACAAAAAAGUCAUAAAGCUAAGCGACUGUAUCCGCGUGUCGGACGCUAACGUUGACGGAUGCCCAAAGGACUGCAAGGCCUUCCUGGUGGAGACCACAGAGAAGAUCUUUGUGUUCGCUGUGGAAAUGGCAGAAGUGGAUGACUGGAUGCAGAAACUGUGUGAAAUAGCAUUUCCUAUGAACUGGGGUGAAAGAGGCGCAUCACAGAAGAGCAGUUUGCAGGGCGACUGUGAUGAGUCUGCAAUGUCGGACAACUCGCUAUACGGAGGCAGAGAAACUGCAUCAACAUCCACAAUGAAGGACUUCAAGGUGUCAAUGAGGCGUACAGAUGCGGCUGAGAGGUGUGGCCUGAGGGGACAGUACUUAUUACGGACAGACUUCGACAGCCUCCUUCUGAAGGAACCAAAGAUAGGAGAGGUGCUCUUCACCUGGCCGUAUCGCUACCUCCGGCGGUUUGGACGGGAUAAGACGACAUUCUCUUUUGAGGCUGGAAGAAGAUGCGACUCAGGGGAAGGCAACUUUGAGUUUGACACGAAGCAAGGCAACGCCAUCUUCCAGUACGUGGAGACUGCCAUUAGCUUACAGAAAGCAGGGCUUUCACAGAGGCAGGGAUCAUGUGGUGCUCUUGAUCGAGAGCCCAUUCCCCAGCACCCCAAACCCACACCACCCACUGAUGUGGGCCCCGUCUACAGUAUGUUGACUGAAGGAGCGAUUAAGGAUGCGCCCAAGCAGCCUUCACCCCAUCGCUCCAGAUUGGAGACUCCAACAGACAAGCAUCUGACUGGAGUCAAGAGUUUGAACAUUGACGCCAAGCCUCCGCGCAAGAACCAGGUCAAAACCUUCCGAAGUUGUCCUUUGGCCAACACAGAAGAAGCCACCUACUCCCAGGUCACAGCACCAGAAAGAGAGAAUCGAGGUGAACAUCAGGAGCACAUCCACGCGAAAGUUUCUUCUUCCAAAUCGGAGGAUUCAGACUAUUCGCUUCCCUUCGACAACAUUGCUAAGAACAUUAUGAUGGACUUCUUGACGGCUUCACUUCCACCACCACCUUUGGAGACUGGUUCGGGUGGCAAGAAGCGACCGAGCCAGGAUAACGCAGAACCACUUUACGACAGCAUAGAUGAAUCCGCCAUCACGUCUACUUUGUCGCAUCGACCCAAAAAACCUCCGGUCUCAUACCGGGUUGAGCACAUUUACGACGAACCUGAAGGUUGUGCCAUGGCAUCGAAGGUCCCUGUGUCACUCUACGAUGAUCCUGAAGAAGUCAAAGGCAAUGCUUGGAAGAUGCUAGGAACUAAUGACCCCAGUGGACAUGAGUACCCGUAUAAUGCACAAGUAGAUGAUUAUGCCGUUCCCAAGCCUCCAAGGAGGGCUUUGAAACCAGACAGGGAACGUGGGUAUAGCGACGAAGACGAAUGUUCGCCAUAUGAUAAUGUGAUAGUGAAAAUGAAAACUACUAAUAUAAUUGAAUAGCCGUUCCUGAGAGAUGUGUUAUUGUUAUAAUUUGUGCAUAAAGAUGUAUUUUAGCAUUAUGUUGCCAACAUUUUGUGGAGACUCAAAAGGUCUAUGAAAGGUUCCUCUUAAGAGACAUUAAAUGGACAUUGCUGCGGUUUCUGCUUCUACUUAUUUGGGAAGAAAUUGCACUGGAUUGAGGACAUUGCUGUGAUUAUUUGAUUGCCAGAGGAGGAUCGCAUCUGUAAGGUAGGGCUCUGGAGCUGGAUGAGUAGUUCUGCAACUCUGAUUCAUCCCAAAGGUACUGGAUGGAGCUUGUUAACUUAAUACACCUCUAUUAUGGAGAGAAACUGAACAUCUGUGCCAACCAGUUGGUGCACUAUAAUGCAUUUGUGAGUUCAAUAUUAAAUCUCCCACAAAAGUUUGGACAUUAAUUUAAAUGUUAAGUUGGACUUGGACAAUCGAUGUUCAUCUUGUUCAUCAGACAAUGGGACAUGUCAGGUCUUUUCAAUGAAGUUGUAUGAUGAAUCUUGAAGAACAUGAUGAUAAUGCUUUUUUCUGAACAGUGUUCAUCAUUAAAAGGUUAAUAUCAAUGUGAAGUGCCUUUUCUGUCCACAGCAUAGCUUAUAAAUGAAAAUUUCACAUACACACACUGUGUCACAAUACUUUUUAAGAUAUACUCUGAAUUAAAACAUUUUUACAAGUACAGAUGAAUGUUAAA